AUGUCGCGAUACCUCGCUCCAUCCAAAAUCGGGCUGCUGGCGCUCAUCGAGUUAUACAUUGAAGGGGCAGUUCCCAACGAUGCCACAAUCCCCGUCAUCAACUUUCUCACGUCCCACCUGCUUGACUACAGCUUAACGGGUCCCUCCGUCGCCCCCACCGAACGUUGGAAGGAAGCGGAAAACACCAUCCGACUCGCCGUGUCGGUUCACCACUUCGAGGAGCUGCUGGCACCCUUCGCGGCGGUCGACCGCCUACCUGGGCGGAGCUUGUGGGACAGGUUUUUGGAGAAACUCUGGGGCAUUGAUUCACUGCAUACCCUACACGAGUUUUUCGAUCAGCUCCCGAACCACCUGGCGAGAACGAAGGCUGAGUUGCGUGAACUGGCCUCGCGUGGGGAGGAGCCCCCUUCCGGUGUCCUCCUCACGCGCAAUUCGCCCUUCGGCGUCUUUAUCAGAAAGGCACACCUCGAGUACACGAGAUUGUACUUUGAUUACGUGGCCAACCUUUGGAAGACGUUCGUCAAAUACCGUCAGCCAACCGCUGCAUACUGGAGACGCCGGAAUCCUCACCACAGCCGGCUUAGUUUUGACUCGGUGCUCCUUGAAGGCGAGCAUGAAUGGGGGCUACAGACGGACGGGAUCGCCGUGGCGGCGUACGGAAAUAUGCUGCUCAUGGACGGCCAAGACGCCGAACUUCCAGUCAGCACCGACGAUAUUGAGAGUCUCCUGGAGUUCCAGAUUGAGCAGGUUCAGACAGUUUCAAAAACUCGUCAAAAGCAGCCGUAUCGUCCCAAGCUUGUCACAUUACCUCAAGUUCGUCCUGCAUGCUCCCGGUUUAUCGGACUUUGGCUGACCACGAGUAGCUUCUCCGAUUCAUGGCGGUCGGGCGAGUUCCCAGCGGCCUUCGACCACCUCCACCGCUAUUUUGAUUACACCAUGCAGAACCGGGACCGCUUAUUCUAUCAAUAUGCGCUACUAAACUUGGGGAUUGUGCAGUCGGACUUUGGCUGUCACAAAGAGGCUGUGGCGACCAUGCUCGAAGCCAUUUCAACCGCAAAGGAAAAUCAGGAUACCACGUGCCUCAACUUUGCGCUAAAUUGGUUUUUUCACUUCGGCAGAGCUCACCCAAACCUCGUCAAGGAACUCGAGGAUAACAGCAUGCUCGGGAGUGGCAAGGAGUUGCUGGCCUUCCUCCGCGCGAAGGCCAAAGAGACCGGCAUGUGGAUAUUAUGGAGCUCGGCGCUCUUGAGCGAGGCCAAAAUGGGGCUGGCAAAUGGCGAGAGCAUCUCGGUCGCUGUCGAAAGCAUGGUCCGAAGUUCUCAAGUUAUUGUGGAGAAGAAUGUCAAGGCAAUGAUGGGUCCGCAGCUCUCCAUUGGAAUUGCCUUGUGGGAUAGGCUCGGUAUGGCGGCCAUGUCAAAGAUGACGUGCGAGGUGUUCCUCCGUUGCCAUGUCCAUAGUUCCGUGUUUGACGAUGAGCUGAAGCUCACCUGUCGGAUGGCGGGCAUGCUUGCCGGCAAAGGGCAAUACGAGGCUGCAUACGCCAAACUGGAAACCAUAGACACCAACUCACUCCGGUCCGCGAAACCAGACCAAUACUGGCACCUCCACCGCGGCCUCCUGAAACUACGCCGAGAUCUCCAUCACAACAACCUCGACUCAGCUGAGGUCCUGCUCUCUCAACUCCUCCAAAAUUCCUCCGAAGACAUCGAAUCCGACAUAGUCUUUAUCAUCGACACCCUCCAUAUCGAGGCCCUCAUGCGCCGUAACGAUUUUGAUGCCGCCUUCACUAAGGUUGAUAGGCUCAUCUCCGAACUCCGCGAAAGUGACCGGGACUCGUCUCUACGCAUCCGGCUCCUUCUCAUCAAAAUCCAGCUGUUCGACCGCAUCGGCCGGCCAGAGAAGGGCUUCACGCUCGCGAUGCGUGCAGCAAGCAUGGCGUGGCGGGCGCGGCUCCUAGCUCUGCUUUGGGAGGCGGUGGGAGCGUUGGCCAACAUCCUCAACGCGCUCGGCGAGUUUGCUGCCGCUGACCGCCUUCUCGUCGCUGUCAUCCCGCGUUACCUCGAGACGGACAUCACCUACACAGCUGGUUCUCUAUACAACAUCCUCGCCGACGCGAGGGUGGGGUUAGCGGGGGAGAUGAAGAAGGAGCGCAGUUCGGGGCUAUCAUUAGAGAGGGCAAGAGUGAUGGCGAUGGCGCACGAGGCACUAGACGGGGCGUUUUGUUGUUUUGAGGCUGUGGAGGAUGUGGUUGGAAGAUGUGAGGUAAUGGCUAAGAAGGCGACGCUUUUUAGGGUGGAGGGAGAUCUUGCUAGGGCGGAUGAGUGUGCGGAUGCGUAUCUGAAGGUGCGGGACGAAGAGCAAGCGAUGAAAGGGUGA